AUGCCGCGCUCCGCCGCCCCCGGCACCGGGAGCGGGACCCGGGCCGGGACCGCCCCCGCCGCGGCCACGCCACGCACGGCCCGGGCGGCUGCGCCGGCGCGGUGGGGCGGGGCGGGAGGCUGGAAGGGGCCGAUCCCGCCGGUUUUCCGGGAUUGGGGAGGCAUGGAGCCAUCGCUGGCCGGGGCGGCGGAGGGGGGCGGCCGUUUCCGCGCCAGCGAGCACCAGCACGUCCGGUACAACCCGCUGAGGGACGACUGGGUGCUGGUGUCGGCCCACCGGGUCAAGCGCCCUUGGCAGGGCCAGGUUGAGAAGCCGCCCCCCGAGGAUGUGCCCCGCUGGGACCCCAAGAACCCGCUCUGCCCUGGGGCCACCCGGGCCAACGGCGAGGUGAACCCCAAGUACGAGGGUACUUUCGUCUUCCCAAAUGACUUCCCUGCACUGCAGCCUGAUGCUCCAGAGCCUGAUGACAGUGAUCACCCCUUGUUUCAAGCUGCUGCAGCCCGGGGUGUGUGCAAGGUGAUGUGUUUCCACCCCUGGUCGGACCUGACGCUGCCCCUCAUGUCCCUGCCAGAGAUCCGGGCUGUCAUCGAUGCGUGGGCAGAGCUGGCGACGGAGCUGGGUGCUUCCUACCCCUGGGUGCAGAUCUUCGAGAACAAGGGAGCCAUGAUGGGCUGCUCCAACCCGCACCCCCACUGCCAGGUGUGGGCCAGCAGCUUCCUCCCGAACGAGGCGCGCCUGGAGGACCGGACCCAGCGCCAGCACCUGAGCCAGCACGGCGUGCCCAUGCUGCUGGAGUAUGCUGAGCAGGAGGCUCGCCGAAAGGAACGGCUGGUGGUGGAGAAUGCAGACUGGCUGGUCGUGGUGCCAUACUGGGCUACCUGGCCCUACCAGACCCUGCUGCUGCCCCGCCGCCAUGUCUGCCGCCUCCAAGACCUCAGUGACAGUGAGAAGGACAGCCUGGCCUCCAUCAUGCAGAGGCUGCUCAUCAAGUACGACAACCUCUUCGAAGUCUCUUUCCCGUACUCCAUGGGCUGGCACGGAGCCCCCACAGGGCCCUACCUGGAGGAGGACUGCAGGCACUGGCAGCUCCAUGCCCACUACUACCCCCCGCUGCUGCGCUCCGCCACUGUCCGUAAGUUCAUGGUGGGAUACGAGAUGCUGGCGCAGGCGCAGAGGGACCUCACCCCGGAGCAGGCAGCCGAGCGCCUGAAGAGCCUCCCCGAGGUGCACUACAAGAAGAGGGCUGAGGAGGUGUGAUGGGGAGCAGCAGAGCAGCCAGUCCUCAGGUGAAAGCCCUGGGACUCUGCAGGGGUAGGUGAUGGACAGUGAUGCCACCACAGCUGAUGUUGGGGGAAACCCUCACGUCUUCACAAAUAGUUUUCAUUUGUCACUGAUGAGCCAUUCUCACAACUCUCUAAUGAGACUCCUCUCCUUGUCCAGUCUGUGAGUGCGCUCCUGGGGUCUAGAAAUACCUUGCAAAGAGAGGAAUGCUCUCCUCCUGCCUCCAAGACAACAGUUCAUGGGGAAGGCUGUGUUCCCUGUGCCCCAUCCGUGCAUCACUCUCCCGUGGGGCUAGGACAGAUGGAAGGGCCUCUUGGCCUGUGUGGUGCUGGAUGCCCUCCUCCAUGCUGGUCCUGUCUUUCUGCCUGAUUGCCUCAUCCCAGAGCCCACAAACUGCCCUCUCCUGACCUGAGCGCUGCCCAGGUGCUCCGGGGCUGUGGGGAGGAGCUGGUGGCUGACCCUUGAGCUUGGACCUGUACACAGCAUCCCUCACCAGGGCAUCGGCGCUGCCAGCUGGGAAUCUGGCCUCUUGCAAAACUGAUUUCUCCCCUCCUGGGACAAACAGAGUCUGAUCUCUGCCGCCAUCCCGAUGGCGAGCCCUUCCCAUUGCAACAAGUGCCUCUGCUCCAACUUCCCCACUUGUUCUCCAGGGUCCUGGGAAAGCGGCAACAAAUUGACUUAAGUGUGGCAAUGCAGCUCGGGGUAAUUAGGCGCUGAACCGGUUGUAACGAAGCUCGUCAUCUCCCUGCUCGGGCAGUUAGCUCUGAUUUAAUGGCCCGGCGGCUCCCAGCCCCGGGCUGCCGAGCCUCGGCCCGCGGCCGUAAAUGAAACGCGCAGUUGAGUCAAGCGGUAUUAAACUUUACAGUCGCCGUCUCUAAAAACGAGACUCUCUCCAGUAAAUCAGGGCAAGUGGGAUUGUAAAUAUCGAGGCAGGAUCCAUAUUGCUUAAUUAAACAGCGCCUAAUGAACAGCCUGUUUGUUGUGUUGUGAUUUAGGAUGGAGGCUGGGGAGGCAGUGCGUGC